GUAAUUGCCAUGACCCCAUCCCAUAACUCCUUUAGUCUUUGUUGUAUUUGUGGCAGACGUCAAAUAAACUGCAAGUGUAAACAUUAUAAACUGAAGAGAGACAGAUAUACGGGAUGAUACUGCUCGCCAGCAUCAUCAAUAUCUUACUGUAGAGUUUAAGACCCAGCUUGGAUUAGCGUAUUAUUUGAAAAUGGCUGGCACAUCGAGCAUAGCCACUGAGUUCCUUGUCAAUGGAAAGUACCGCCUUGUGCGAAAGAUAGGAAGUGGCUCGUUUGGCGACAUCUAUUUGGGUAUAAAUAUCACCAAUGGAGAGGAGGUUGCUGUCAAACUUGAAUCGCAGAAGGCCAGACAUCCACAGCUCCUUUACGAAAGCAAACUGUACAAGAUCCUUCAAGGAGGUAGUGGCAUUCCACACUGCAGGUGGUAUGGACAGGAAAAAGACUACAACGUUCUGGUAAUGGAUUUGCUUGGACCAAGCACAGAGGACCUAUUCAACUUUUGUAGUCGCAAAUUCACCAUGAAGACUGUCCUAAUGUUAGCUGACCAGAUGAUUAAUAGGAUAGAGUAUGUGCACAACAAGAAUUUCAUUCAUCGAGACAUCAAACCAGACAACUUUCUGAUGGGGAUUGGUCGUCACUGCAAUAAAGUGUUUAUUAUUGACUAUGGUCUUGCCAAGAAGUACAGAGAUAAUCGCACAAGGCAGCACAUUCUAUAUCGGGAAGACAAGAAUCUUACGGGUACUGCGCGCUAUGCCAGCAUCAAUGCUCAUUUGGGAAUCGAACAGAGUCGCCGAGAUGACAUGGAGUCACUGGGUUAUGUUCUUAUGUAUUUCAAUCGUGGUAGCCUUCCUUGGCAAGGACUGAAGGCUGCCACUAAACGACAGAAGUAUGAGAAAAUCAGUGAGAAGAAAAUGUCAACACCAGUGGAUGCUUUGUGCAAGGGUUUUCCUGCUGAGUUUGCUAUGUACCUCAACUACUGUCGAGGAUUGCGCUUUGAUGAAGCACCUGAUUACAUGUACCUGAGGCAACUUUUCCGCAUUUUGUUUCGCACCCUGAAUUUUCAGUAUGACUAUGUUUUUGACUGGACACAGCUAAAGCACAAGACCAGUAAUCCAGCUGCUUCAAGUAGUUCAACACAGCCAACAUCAGGGCGAUGAAUUGCUGCAAACAAAUUUCCUGUCUUUGCUGGUUGAGACCGGAUGAUCAAGUUGUGAUUAUGUAAAUCAGUGACAGCUAUUAUGCUCAAUGACAAAGGCAUUAAAAUUGUAAUCAGGGAGGAACGUGAUGCCAAACUUCUGUACACAUCUCACUUAACCGCUCCCUUGAAAUUUGCUGCACUUUGAAAUUUGUCAUACAUUUUGUUGCUAACAUUUUGGCUGGAGAUGCAGAUGAUUAUCAAGUUUGUAUGUGUUGUGGGAAAUGGGGGAAUGAUACAAUCAUUUUCGGCACACUAUAUCAUGGCAUUGUUAAAAACAAGUUUCUGCUGAAGCAGCAACUUUGUAACCAUGAGGAACAUUUGUUUUGUUAUUAAAACCCUGAAAGGGCAGCUUUUCUCAAUGUUGCCCCACCACCACUGACAUUUGUCUACUAUUCAGCUGACUAAAAGGAGCUGAACAUGAAGAGUGGCACCUAGGCUAUUAUCUCAUCAGCUUUUAGAUUUUCAGCAGAAAAUGGACAAUGGCGCUUAGCUAAACUCUUGAUUGCUUACCUCAUUGUGGUUUUGGGACAGAUGCAUUAUUGACUUACGUUUGACCUAUAGCAAAGCUAUCAACGUAUAUGUGGAAGCAGAAGAACACAUGCAGAUUUCUUCGAACAUUAAUGAUCUGUGAUGCACCAAAUGACUGAAUAGUGAAUGUUCUUUUUAAACAUUUUGAACCAGGAGCAGAGGUGCAUGGGAUGUUUUUGUUCCCAGGAAAACAAGUAAGAAACAUUAAAAAAUUGGAGACCUUUAAAAAUGUAGGGAAAUACAUGAUCCAGGUUCGUUGGUGUAUGUCUUAUGUGCACAAAAAGCAGAUUGCUUUUGUUAGUAAAAGUAAAAACCUCUGUAAAAUAGGUAUUAUUAUGGUCUUCACACAAAUUUAAUGUCUCUUUUUUGGUUAAGAUUUUAGCUUUGUGGUGUUUUUGCUUUUGCUUUUUUUUUUUAAAGAGGGAAGAGGUUCUGGUUCUGGUGGCUGCUUAUUUACCAAGUGAAGUACCAAGGCUUCUGACAUCAUAGAUUUGUUUGAAGCGUUUGCAGUAAUCGUGGGAUCAAAAAUUCUGAGAAAAGGGAAGUUACAUGGCAAGUUGUGCAGAAAUUAUAAAUAGUUUCUGAAUUGUUUCUGCUCACAAUUUGUAAGUUUCAUAUUUACCUACAAAAGUGCUGAAGCUGUUUUAACUGUUUCUUGUACAUUGGGAUCACUAAGCUGUCCAUUUAGGCCAGCCCUUAGGAUGAAUGAUUCAGUGUCCUUCAAGCCUCUUUUGCUCUCACAGAGCAUUCUUUGGAGUGGGGUACCCAUUGGCCAUGUCAUCUCUCAGCCUUCAGUAGAUGAUAUAUCUGUACUCAGACGUUUUGCUACUAAAGGUAAAACUGAAUUGAAAACAAAUGCAUUAUGUUAGAUAAAUCUGGCCCAUCUGUUAAUAAUUAGAAGACUACUUACACUAAAUGUACUUUUUUUUUUUUUACCUUAGAGAUUUACGGCAAUUUUGUUUUCUUUCUGUGAUAUCAAGAAGUAGCUUCAAAGCGAAAAAAAACCCCCAAAUUCUGUGAUUCUUUGUAGCAUUAAGAUGUACUGAUGGGCCGUACUGAUCAGGUAAGUAUUAUACAGCUGCUCAGGGUUGUUAUUUUUUUCUGAAAUUUGCAUGUUAAAAUGAAUUUUACUGCGCUACAUCAACAUGGGAAAUAACUGCUGUGCUAUGUUACAGUAAGUGCUCAAUAAUUCCCCUUUGACCAUGUUUCGUUUUCUAAUUAUCUCUGACCUCCCCUUUCUGCAGAUUUUGAUCAAUCAGUCAAAUAUAUUGGUUCUAGUAGCAUCUGAUCUUAAAUGAAACAUAAUGUUUUCAUUUUAAAUGGGAUGUUUGCUUAGCUUUUCAAUAACUGAGCAGUGAUAGUGAUCUUUUUAAAGCUAUGGGGAGCUGAAUUAAAAAAAUUACUACUCAUGCAGCUGUCAGGUCAUUCAAGUGAAAUUUGAAUGUAACGGAUUUGUUGCAGCCUGUGGGGGUUGCCUGUGUAGUGAUUAAAGAACUAGCUUACCAUUGCAGUCAGAACUUAAAGUCCUGGAUUCCAAUCUCAUGAUGAGACACUCAGUAUGUGCCGGAGGUGGGGGAGGGGUGGGUUGCCCUAGGUACUCAGGUUUCCUCCCCCAUUAUCUUUCUCCCCUUAUAGCUUAAAAUCUGUUUCAGGUGGCAGCACUUUGGUAUUUGGUUUGAUAAACCAACCAGUCCAGCCCAUGUUCUUUGGUGUAGAACAAUAUGUGACAGCUUUCAUUGUUGAAUUCGGAACUGUUAAAAGCUGUUCACCCUAAGACUGCUUAAAUGCUGUUCCUAUUUUGUUUGGGAAGGAAAAAAAGAAAACUCCUUCGAGUUGUAGUCAUUUAUCUUCUCACUCUGGUGAGCUUAAUCAGUUGUCGUUUCCAUUAAGAGCUCUUUAAACAUUCUUUCAGCUUUAACAUGCUAAAAGAGAAGCAUCAGUUGUUAACCUUCAGAGGUGUUUCUGCUGAGGCAUUAGUCAUAUCUGUACAGUUUAUCACAAAAAGUGGUCUCUGAGGAAUUUUUUUUCAAAAAGCUAUCUAAAACCAGUCAAAAUCUAUUCAUCCCAUUCUCGGUAGUAGAUAAGGAUAUCUUUUGGAAACAUCCACGUGUGUGCACACACACACAACUAAAUACUAAUUUAGUGAUUGUGAAUUUAAUAAUUGUUAUGCUUUUAUUUCAUGACAUUAUGAAAAAUGUAGAUGAUUUGCAGAUUGUUUUAUGUUGUGCAUGCCGCUCAUCUUAUCUGUUUGAAAACGAGCAGUUUUGUGCUGAUAUUGUAGAAGUAAUUUUUCUGUCGGACUGACGUUUGAUCAGGCUACAAAAGGUGCAUGCUGUUAUGUACCCUAUGCUUUUUAUGAACUGCAAAAAAUACUUUUUUUGUUUUUUUGUUUAUUCUUUGUUGCUUCUUGAGGAGCUGCAAAAAUACCUUUUAAUUGUAGCUUAGUUGGGGGUUUAGUUGAACAAGUAUCAAAGUCAAGUACACAAGAUUGUAUUAUAGACAUUGCAUUUUGAAAAUAUUACUAAUCUGAGACAAAGUAUCUUGAAAGAUUUUUUACUUGGCUUUUUUCCCCUUUUCUUUUCCUCCUUUCUUUAAGCGCAUUGUUCAAGUUCCAUCAUUUGUCAAAAUAGACCAGUUUGUGGUGCCUUCUAAAGGUAACUUACAUUUUUAUUGUACCAAUGAAAGCAGUUGUUAACAAAUCCUGAUUGUAGCUCACUGCAAUAGUCUAUUGGUAAUAUGUACCAGUGCAAGCUAUUAGUAAGAAAUUGUGACUAGCUCACUGCAGUAGUCUAUUGGUAAUGUGAACAUGGUGAUGUAUUUGAGUUUGCAGCAGUCAGAGGAAAAGUAACUUUUAGAAUAGCUUCAGUAUCACAUUCAUUGAUCCCACUGCUGUGCUUGCACUUGAAAGAGAUGAUCCUAAGACUUUCAUGGCAUUUGGGUCGUCGGCAUGCCACUAUUGGUUAUGCUGCCCACCAUAAAAACAUAAAGCAUGAGAGGAGUGGCAUUUGUACCAUGCCGUCAAGCAUAUUCAUUUAUAAAGUGGCUUGUCUGCCUGCUUACUAGGGUAUUACUAGAGUCAAAUCCUGUCUUGUGCUGUCUGUUGAUCGUGUACAUAUUACAAGUCGCUCAGUACCUGUCUGCGUUUGGACUGGGUUGACCAGAUGAGAAGACACCAGAGCAGCGAUACUACACACAGGAUUGCCGGCGAGUUAUGUCUGUAGGGAGAAAUGUUUGUUGCCUCAUGUCGUCUUAGUUGUCUUUCAAAUCCGCUGUUACCUAAGAUGAGGAUUUGACCAUCGUUGACAUUAAUAUAGCGAUUUUUUCUUUCUGAUGUCUCCCUCCCUUACACCCCUCCCAUUGGUCUUUCGUUUUUGCUUCUUCUAAGUCCUCAAUCUUCUAUGCUGGACGACGAAGAAGACCUGUUUAUACUGACGAUGAAAUCAGGCUGUGGUUCCAGGAGACUGGGUCGGCUAGUGCCUUCCGUUAGCGACUCUCGGACGUGACUGUUGUGCCUCGGAUGCGUUCUUCCAGACAGUAAACGUCAAAAUACUAGGGAAGCUUUUUUGUUGUUUAAAUGUUUGAGCUCUUAGAUAUUACUUGGACUUAUCGUCGGAGAAAUAAGAAACCACUGUGUAUGAGCGCGCGAGAGAUCAAAUCCUAUCAGAUGGACAACUCCUGUAUGAUUGCGAUGUUCUUUAUGAAUUAAAGACUUUAGUUAGGUUUGGCUGGAAUGUUUGCACGCAUAAAAUGGUGUACACGUGACGUGCCUGCGCACGAGCAUAUAUACAGUGUGUGGGUGUGUGUGUGAGAGAGAUGCAUUUCUGUACGAACAGACAGGCUUAUUUAAUACUGAAAUACAAUGUACAGACUUUUAUAAAGUAAGGGGCUUGUUAACAUUGUGGUAUCUAUGUUUUAUUCUCUGUAAACAAACAGCACAGAGGGAGAGACGUGCAUGUAUGCUUACGACACCAUUUGUUCUGGUAGUUUAUUAGGGUCUCUACAGGUGUUAAACUCACGUGGUUUCUGGUCACUUACAGAUGUAGCUUGUGCACACAUGUACAGAGACUCUGGCACUGGGAUUGUCCGUUCGUCUGAUGACGAGGACUUGUUUGAUGUGGCAAAGAUUAAUCAAGUCGAUGACUUUAAUUCGCUAACCUUUGCAGCUUCACAGAGUGUCCUUCACGGGCAACCAGAGCUCAAAAAUGUUAAAUGAUAAAUUAAAUCCACGAGCUUUACACAAAGA